AUGCGGAACCUUCCUGUCGUGUUUGCGCGAUCUAUGAAGACGAUGUUCAUUCAUCCGGAUUUGUUCGAGGGAGAAAACACCCCGGCUUCGAUACUGGAGGCUCAUGCGCUGUGCAAACUGCAUCUCACGGCGACUGAGAAAGGGGAUCUUGGCUCUCUAAUUCCCGUUUUACGUUGCAAGUCCGCCCAGCUGCAACGGCAGAUCAACCAUGCAGCCAACUUCGAGGAGCUGCUCAGCUGUAUUCAAGCAUUGAUUCUGAUCCAGUGCAUGUUGAUUCUCAAUGAAGACGAUCGCGAGGCAACUCCGUACUCGGAGACAGUCAGCACGAUGCUCAUGGACCUGGCCGAACGACUAUGGCAGCAUGCCCCCAUUCAAUUACCGAACACGCUCAGUCCGAAACGCGCCUGGAUUUUUGCCGAGAGUGUGCGCCGCACAAUCAUCGUGGGGUUGCUGCUUCGGAGCGUGUACUCGCUCAAGAAGAGGAAUUAUUCUGUUCGAAAUCCGUUCAUCGAUUCGCUACCUUUCGACGUGCGAGUCUCCCUGUGGGAUGAAGACUCGGCCGAGGUGUGGAGCGGAGUACUUUCUGAAACGGAGUCUUGGCGCUCGAUCAUGUCUCUGCAUCAGUACUCUUCGCUCAUGGACAGCGGCCGCACUCACGGCAUUCCGCCGUUCGGAGCGUUGAUCCUGGCGGCUUGCAAGGGGAAGACUGCGUCUGAUGUGUCCUAUCCCGCCUUGAGGUCGUACUACGUUUCGUGA